AUGGGCUUUGCUGCCUCGCACAUUGCAUGGUCGCCGCAAAUCAAGCCGCUUUCUGGCACCGACAUCCCCAACAGCAAACGGACGUCGAAGCAGCCUAAAACAGAUUCCGCUACAGCAGGGGAUUCCGCUGCAGCAGCACCAGCCACCGGCUCGGACGACAAUUCCGCCGCUCCUCCUGCCAUGCGCAUGGACGACCGGUCUGGAUGCAACGAAAAUGGUGAUUGUACGGUUGCGGUGACAAUAGAGGGGGUGGACGCGCGGGGAGAUGUGCAAACUGUGUCUUACUGUGGGCUUGAGCAAGCGACUUUGCGGCUGGAGGAAGGGGGGAAGGAGCAGAGGGAAGCGGAAGGAGACGCGGAGGAGGAGGAGGAGGAAUUGAUUCUCACGGGCAGGGAGGUUUGCGUCUUCGACAACCGAGGGAUUGGCAACAGCACGUGUCCCACCGACAAGAAUGCAUACACAACUACGAUCAUGGCGAUGGAUGCGCUACAUCUCGCGGAUCACCUCGGCUGGACGCAUUUCCACGUGGUGGGGCACUCCAUGGGAGGCAUGAUCGCCAGUAAAGUGGCUGCCACCGCUCCCCACCGAGUGAAAUCUCUGGCGCUUAUCAGCGUCAGUGGCGGCGGCUUCGACCUUCUGCCCAGACUCGACAGCCGGCUCUUCUCCGUGGGCGUGAGGAUGAUGAAGGCGCGUACGCCCGAGAUGAGGGCGCACGUGGACCUGGACACGCACUUCUCGAGGGAUUUUAUGGACGAGGUGGCUGGCGGCUCUUCAAGAAGAGACCUGCUGCACGUGGAGUACGUGCAGGUUCUGUCGGAGCCAGGGGCAAUGCAGCCGCCACAUGCAGCGAGCGGGCAUUUCAACGCGUGCUGGACGCACAAGCUGACCCGCAACAACAUUGACAGCAUCUGUAGCGCCCGCAUCCCCACCGCCGUGAUCCAUGGAGUGGAUGACAUUAUUGCACACGUCUCUUUGGGCGAGAGGGUCGCCAAGCGCCUGGCGUCCGUAGCCCGAUUCAUCCCACUCCUAGGGGCGCACAUGGUGGUGCGGGAGCGCACGCACGAGGUGAACGCGUGUCUGGAGGAGCUCUUUCACGCCGGGGAGACGCGUGUGCCCGUGGAGCAGUGGGUGCGGAGUCGUAGUGAUUUGGACCUGCCUGGCUCGGCCAGGGAGCAGCAUGAGAAGGCCAAGAAGAAGACUCUCGCGGCGCAAUUCAGGGCUCUGCUGUGGACCCUGUUUCUCCCCCUGUACUUCGUGAUCUGCCAGCUGCUGUCAUGGCCAGUACCUGACGAAAAGAGCCCAACCUAUCAAUCCGUGAAUGAGGACUCUGACGUAAAUGAUGUGGAGUCGGGUCUUGCUGAUGCAAGUGAUGCAGAACCUGCAUCGCUGAGCUGCUGCUGCCCUCCUUGGGGUGCUGGCUUCCUGGGAAGCGGCGAUUUGAAGAAUGGGGAGAUCGGUAACGGAGGGUUGAAGGGUGGAGAGUGGAGAGCAUUUUCUGCUGCUGCUGCUGCAGCAUCGAUUACACCAUCUGGGUUGGAGGCCGGUGCAUCUGCAGCUGCCACAUCGCCCCUUCUUGCCCCUGCCAUUCCCACAAUAGCGGUUGGUGCUUAA